AUGCUCUUCCAGCGCCAGUUCCGCGUACGCACCACCGUCCUGUGGACACUCUGGUUCGGUAUCUCCAUGUCUUACUACGCCAUCUUCAUCUACCUACCCACGCUGAUCUCUCUCAAGGGCUACAACAUGAACGGCCAAUGGGAAACGAUCCUUAUCAUCACGGCGUUCCAACUGCCCGGCUACUUCGCUGCUGCGGGUCUAGUGGAGAUCAUCGGUCGUAAACAGACCCUCGUACUCUUCCUGGCGGGCUCCUUCGCGUCUGCUAUUGCUAUGGGAUAUGUCGAUGCGUCCAAGGUUCCGGUCAUGAUCACGGGAUCGUUCACGUCCUUCUUCAUGCUCGGCGCCUGGGGCUGCGUCUACGCAUACACCCCAGAGAAUUACCCGACGGCCAUUCGAGGCAUGGGUGCUGCCUAUCCGUCCGGCUUUAGCCGCAUCGGCUCGUUCAGUGGCCCGUACCUCUGCGCCUCCAUGUUCGGAGACUGGAAUGUGUCUCUCGAAGCCAUUAUGUGGGUGUUCGGCGGACUGCUGAUGAUCAUUUCGGGCAUUGUCCUUGUGUUCGGCUACGAACCGCGUGGUAAGGACGUCGAGCUGUACGAAGACGACAAUCACACGGAGAAAUCCCUCGCCUUCGAGGCCGUACAAACGCCAAAGUAA